AUGAGGGAAAGCCAUGGCACAAAGCCACGUGGAUUAGCACCCAAAGAAGGGACAGAAAGGGCAGAACACAGCCCAGGCGGGCGCUCCACAGAGUGCCAUGCCACGUGGGCAUCACAACCAGGACGUGUGCCCCGGAACAGGCCUGGGCGUAAGGCCGGAACCUGGCCACAAGUCGUCGCCGACGGCGACACAUGGCCUCACUCAGGGAAACCUAGCCCCACGGGACAGCCCAGAGAUACCCAGCAGACCGGCAACAGGGAACACACGAGGAAAGGGCGGGAAGGACGCCUAAACACGCCCAGUCGACCAGACACAUGGUCGAUGCCGGCGUGGCAUGGGCCCCAAGGGCUGUGCCCAAGGGUCAUAGAGCCACCCACGCCUGGCCACGUGGCGUAUCCCCUAGGGGCAACGCCGGGCCGCCCUCAGGGCCCCAGGCAGGGCGCACACCCGGGCACGGCACGCUGCGAGGCCCCCAGGGCACGUACGGGAACGGCUGGAUGGAGCCUCCACCUGGGCGGAAACCGAACGCAGUCCACUAGGGACGCGGCCCAGCACACGCCAGCCCUAAGCAAGGCCACACAGCAAGCACAGCACGGAGCGCCCGACACGGGCCCAAAAGGGCGCCCCUGCACUCCCGGGCAGCCUAACAGCAGAAAGCCCGAGGGACUAGCUAAGGCGGCACACACAGACCGCGAGGGGACGGCGCUAGGCACACGCCACACUGGGGAGGUCCUGACUAGAAUUGAACAGAAAAACCCUCACCUUGGAGAUCAAAGUGUAGGGCAGGAGGCCCCUGCCAGAUCAGUCUAG